AUGGCCUUGGUUGACUACUGAGAUGGUUAUUUUGACAGUUUUUCGCUGGAUCUUUUUUAAUUUUUAUUUCUUUUCCCAUGCAUUCCAUGGAAAAAGGACCCACUGGGUAAGUGAUUUGACAAUGGAACAUGCCAUUGGGUAAGUGAUUUAAACUUCAAGAAAACAAAACCGAUAUAAUAUAUUACCCUAUAGCACUUCAAUAAUUUUGGAUGUUUUAGGCCCUUUAUUUAUCAUUUCAAGAAAGAAAACUGUUGGAGUUGAGGGUUCUGAUGGAUUUUUUUCUUGAUUAAGAUUAAAAAAUGGGAUUAAAUUUAUGUUUAAGUAAAGUUGACUGCGAGCUAAAACGUUUUCCUAAUGUCCAAAUUUUAUGCUAGUUAUCAUUGGUCGAGUGAAUGGACCUUCAGAGAAUCUGAAUGGGAAAUUAGGAUGUCCCAUUCAAAUUUUCUAUUAGAACCAUCCGGUUUGAAUCUGAAUGGGACAUCCUCUUUUACAUUCAGUUUCACAAGUGUAGAUAUUUUCGUUGUAAAUAAUAGAUACCUCCGGAAACUUUAUCCUGGAAAACAGUUGACUGACAUUCUGAGCGCAGGAAUUGCAAGAGGGUUUCAACUUUCCAUGAAGGAAAGAUAGGAUUAAUAAAGAAUCUCAUGGCUCCAUGUUGGAAGCUUGAAUAUGAUUUUAAACCAAGUCAAUCAACCAGUGUACAGCCAGUGUGCUUUGAGUUUUGUGACAUUUGAAUUAGGAACACAAAAUUCCAUCAAGUUUUCAUGAUUUACUGAGUAUUAUGUAAAACUUAUUGAAUCACGCUUAUGUAUCAGCAAAAUUUACCUUGGGGGAUAUCUGCUAGUGCAAUGAAGGUGGUAGAAAAGUUAAUCAAUAGAUAAUGGAAGAUGAAAGAGAGAAUAAGAGAGAGAGUAAGGAAGGACAGGGAGAAGAAGAGGAGAACAAGUGGAGACAUUCAAGGGUGGAGGAGGAUAAAUAAGAGAAUGAAUUAA